CCAAAAAAUCUGGGGCUGUGGGUUAUGUAUGUGCAACGAGCCAAAGGAGGAGUGAUCUUCAUACUGAAACGUGAGGAGAGCAGGGUGUGUGUGUGUGUGUGUGUGUGUGUGUGUGUGUGUGUGUGUGUGUGUUUGGCUAAAUCAGACCUGCUCUUAUUCUGCUUGAGUGCUGGAUUGGAUUGGGAUCAAUGAGACGCUCUGGCUUUAUGGUCUGGGGAGAAAUGCAGUCAUGUGAAGUUGGCCUGUUGCCGAGCUGGGUGGAAGAGAACCUGCUGCUGCUGCGCAGAAGAUAGACUUCAUGACGGCGCUCCAGGUGAUCCUUCUCACACUCCCACGACACCAGCGAGCGGUAAGCGGCUAAAGAUGGUCUUCUUAACCCGCCGUUUGUUGACAGCCCGGGUUCGGGGCUUUACGGGAGGAGAAAGCGGCGUUUGAACACACUUGCGAAAGUGGGGGAAUAAAACGAGCGGAGGUGUGUCACCUGGAUGGUGCACGCGCCGACUUUUCAGCUACCUGUCGAUAACCUCGAGUCAUUAUGGUUAUUCAGAAAAGCGUCCAGUUUCAGCUGACCUGUAAUCUGUGCCGAGGCAGCCACAAAACUCAGGUGUGGCUUUGUUUCUUAAUUCUGAGCUUCUUGAGCACGUGCCAUAGUGCCCCCUCUGUGUCUGAAAUAAAAGAUCUACGGACCAGUUUGAGCAACCUGAAGCUUUACAUUGAGAGGUCUACUGCCAUACUGUACACCCCAACAGUUCAAUUUCAAGACAAGUGUAAGAACAUGAUACUCAGAUGUUACAUGUUGGAGUUAAUGGUGAUACUUUAUGAAGAAGAAAUUCCAGAUUCUGAAGGACAAUUCAUCUAUCAUUUCAAUCAGUCACUGAGCCCUGAGAUUGGCUGCCCACCAUGUGAAACAUACAAUCCCCAAAAUAGUGAAACAUUCUUUAAAAGCCUAAAGAAUGUUUUGGAAAAGCUAUUAGUUGAGUAUGAACACUAAAACGGUGUGAAUACUGUAGGACACCCAUGUGUAUUUGUGUAUAUAUGUAAAUAAAAUGUAUGUUUAUAGUUUUCACAUAUUGUACUGUAACCAUAAAACCUGUGGACAAGCUAUGUAAUGUUAAAUGCUUUUUGUAUACCAAGAAUUAAUAUAUUUAGUUUUAACCUCCUGAAUGUAUCAGCCUAUUCUGUUGUACAGCUGUUAUAUUGUAUGCACAUAUUGUGUAAUCUUAAGGACAUUGUUAAAUGCUGCAGAGUAUAAAGCUUAUGG